UAACUAAGGCUAACUUAAACAUAUUUAAAGCUAUCAGAAACAGAUCAACAGGGGCACACCUUAGGGGUCCUUUUUCCUCAGGAACUGUUUAAUGUCCGUCCAAUUUUCACAGUCACAUGGUGCUGUCUAACCGAGAGCUGAUGGAGCCAGAUGAGAAAGGCAGGAGGCGAGCCCCUCCGGUUGCGCGUCAGCAUCCCCUCAAAUAGGAAUCUGCUGCUGUCACUUCUGCUCUAAAUACAGAGAGACGGACGACUGUAACCCUGAAACAACAAUUAAAGGCGAAUUUCAUGUGGCAUGCAGCCGUUUUUUCAUGUGAUGUCAAAGAGGAAGAGUAAGGUGAGGCUGUAAGGAGGCUGGAGCUUUGCAAAGAAUGAUAGUGAGGAUCAAGGCUCGCUGUCCCAGGAGAACUCAUUUGAAGAGCUGGCCCUGAGAGACCGGGAUGCUCCUCUAACGCACCGGGGGACGAAAACACAGUGGAAACCUUCCACCCUGUGGUUGCGCUGCACUGCUGCAUCCUGCUUGCUGCUCAGCCAGAUCUGCUGCCUGCAUCCGCCCCUCAACACGUCUUCGCAGCUCUCAGUAUGACCUCAUUAUCACCAUCAUUACCAUCGCUCUGCAGGUUUUCCUGAGCAGACGGUCUGUGUGGAAGAGUUUGAGCUCGAGUGGAAGUCAGUGAGUAAGCGAGAGGGAGUGGGUGUCAUGGAUUACAGUGAAGGGACAAAUGGUGACCCUACCUACCAAAACUUGCUGCUCCUGGGAGCCAUCGCAGCAGCAUCCGCCUUUGUUGUCACCAUCCUUAUUGUCCUUGUCUGCGUUGGCUGCCAAAGAAAAAGCAAGACCAAGCACCCCCCAGCUGGAGAGAAAGGGACAUCUGUAAAUAUGCAGGGUUCCCUCCGACAUCCAAAACUGAACUCCAUGAGCAAAUCUGACACGAGGCUGCAUGAGAUCAAUCGCUUUCCCUGCAAUGGAAACUCUGUUAGUAAGAGCCGUCCAGCCAGUAUGGACCUCCUGCUCCUCCACAGUCGGCGCUCCCAGACAGACCUGAGGCCCUCCCAUGGGCGCCAGCUUCCCCAGAUCCCCACCAGUCCCCAGGGAUCAGGCCAGGGGGGAGGAGCGGAAACAGGAGGAGAUGGGGGAGGAGGAGGAGGGGAGGCUAGAGACCACACCUACACCGAGGUGGGCCUACGGAACAACCCCACCCCCACCCACUGCCUGGAUGACGGCCUGUAUGAAAGUGUAGGUGUCCGGGAAGGUGACACAGGUCCCAAGGUACCCUCUGCCCCGCCCACCACAUCAGCCAACACUCUGGCUACAAUCAGAGCUGCCCAAAGCCCCACAGCUCAGGCCAACGGAGCUCGCAGUGGGAACGGGCACGGGAAUGGUGGCAGAGGGAAUGGCAGAGGGAAUGGCACCAUUAAUGGGCCGAUGACAGCAAGAGGUAAUGGUGCAAAUGGGGUCAAUAGGUCCCCUCUGUCUUCUGUCAACUCCCUGGCCGUCCAAGAUCCAACUGCAGCUGAAUAUGCUUCCAUACGGAAGUUCAGAAAGGUUGACAAGACAAACAGGAAGGAAAAUAACGGCACAGACAGCCAGUCAGACAGCCAAUCCAGUGUGAGUGAUUCACCCUCUGCGGCUCCUCCUCCACUACAUCGCAGUCAGGAGUUUCUGCGCAAACCACUUGAGCCAUUUCACCUGCACUCCUUCCCAAAGGAGGCAGUGUUCAUGGGCAACGGAGAGCAGUACAUCUGGAAGCCUCCAGAGGAAGAUGAAAUCAUCACCUUGCAUCCACCUCCACUCCUCGGAGAGAACGGACAGGGGCACCCAUCGCCCCCAACUGCAAAGGAGAUUGCAGACACCUACUCCAUUGUGUGUAAAACCCAGAAGAAGAAACCUCCUUUGGAAAACAACGGAGCAAAGACCCUCCCACGCUCCUUUGGGGGAGAGAGAGGAAACGCAGGUUCAAGGGGCCGAGGCCGAGGAGUCCAGAGCCAGGCACGUUCCCAGGAGGAGCCCUGCUAUGAGCCGGUAGGAGACAGGUCCUGGCCCACAUGUGCAAUCGCAGAGUCUGACCCUGCAUACGCUACUAUCGACACCCACCGGAAACGUGAGCAGGUGGGAACCAAUAACAGCACAGCUGGGGGUAAUGCCACUCUGAAGAGGAAGAAGCAGACGCCGCAGCAGCAGGCAGCACCAGUGGCACCUCAGGGCUCAGGACCCACCGCCCAGCCUGCUAGAGGCCUACCUGGUGGGGAAAACUUCUAUGAGACCAUCAGCGAUGUGAAACAAGGGGGCAACAGCUCCAGCACCACCACCAUCUUCACCUUCAAUGAUGGGAUGGAGAUGUACGUCACUGGCCUGUAGCUGGCUGACAGGCAGAAAGGGCCCAGAACCCACUGGUACAGAGUCGUGAAAGGGACCCUCCUGUUCACUGGCCAACUGGUUGCUGUACAUAGAUUCAAGGCCCUCUGUAGACAAACAACAUGAGGAUCCAUUUUGUUGUGACAUCAGGUACAAACAGGGUCUUAAUCCAGGUUCAGACUUCCCUUGAUUGGUCUGUACUUCAGAACCAGCCCAUAUAUGGACCAAAUAUGUUUUAACAAAAAAAAAAGAUAAGAAAACUGGAAUAUACAUCUUCAACCUACUGUGUCACUGACCAUACUCACCUGUUUGUGCAUCAUUUUCCAUAAUAUCUUUAUUUUUAUAUGAACAAUGUACUCUUUAAACCUGAGAAGAACACACUUUAAUAUAUAUCAAAAAAUAAAUGUGCAUGCAUUGUGCAAACACACACAUGAAAAUAAACAGUAGUAGCAAGGAAACUGGGUAUGUUAGGAGUAUGAGGCACACUGUUAGCUAUUGUCACACUUAUAUGCACACAUGCACACACACACACACACACACACACACACACGCACAUGCCUCAUCUUGGGGGGACUUACGUAAUAUAAGUAGAUGGAUGUCACAGUGAUUUGUGGUGCUUAGAUCUCCCUAAGCAAACAUCUGAAACAGGUUCUCUGUGCACACUGGCCUGUUGCCUGGCAGACAGCAUUGUGGUGCUUUUCUCAAACAUAGGCCUGUAAGUCUAUAGUUAGGCUAGUAGUAAUAGUAUAGGCUAUAGUCCAUUUCAUAAUUACCAUCAAUGUGCCCUCAGCAGUUAUCAACAGCCCUCAUAAUAACUAUAAAAAGUGAGUUUUGAUCAAUAAUGUUCACAUAAAUUAUGGGAUUAGUUAACAAUCCACGCUCAGAUUUUCCAAACAUCUGUAGCCAGAGGCAUGAUGACACACCCCCACACAGGUACACGCGUACUUGGCUUGGUCAUACAGGAUAAAGCAAUCAUGUCGGGCAUUGAGUGGGUUGUGCAAGAAUUUCCCCAGAGUGAUGUGGGUGACAGAUUUCACAAUGCAAGACCUUUACUGUAUUACUAUAAAUAAAUAUAAUAUAAAUAUAACAAAUGAGAGAAGAAUAUUUUCAAAAAUAGGGAAGCGAAAGAGUGUCCAAAUACAGGAUGCUUCAUCUUGUGCAGUUAGUAUGUCAUGUCCUUUGGCCGCUGUAAACAUCUGAUUUUAUGACUAUUGUAAUUUUGCACAGGACAGCUGCAGGACUGGCUGGCUUAAUUGCGCAUUAACAUGCUUUAAUGGGCGUUUCCAAGCACAGUUCUGAUUCGCUCUCUGGUCUCAAGUCAAAGCCAUGAGUUCCCUGUAGCUCAUCAGACUUAAGUCUGGUGGUUGAAAUAGCUACAGAGGGCUUGGAAUCCAAGGAAAAUAAAGAGCUGGGCAUAAAAAAUGACCAGCGAGUGUCCUUUGGAAGGUUGCCCCUCGCCCUUUCCCCACCCUCGUCUCCAACCCCUGCACUGAGUUCUCUUCCAUUAUAAACAAUGUCUUUCCCAUGUAGCUUUGGGGAACUUUAGAAAAGAAAGAAGAGGAAGAAAACAAAACAUUGGAGGCUUAAUAAAUGGGCAUAAAGAUGAGAGGUGAAGAGGGAUACUAACUGCUCACAGGCUGAGAGAUCACUGGGAGACAACCAGUGAAAGAGAAGUCGGUUUUAGAAAGGUCAAUAAAAUAAAUUUAUAAAUGCUACUGUGUCAGAAAGUAUGUAAAAACAAAUGCACACUGUAUUUUAAUGCACUGUUUAUUUUUUCUUACCUACUGACAAUACCAUUGGUUGAAUAUCUCAUCCCACUGCCAUGAAAACAAUACAUUUAUGUUGUUGGUGCAGUUUUUUCCUGCUUGAUCAAAAAAGUGCAUGCUUUGAUAUGUGGAGAUGAAAACAAAUAUUGUGGUUCUAAAUUGAUCUCUUGUUUGUUAAUCUUUUCUGUUGUACUUUUUUUGCCAUGUGAUGAAAAGCAGCAUUCAGUUUUUUUUUUCCAAAGCAACAACUUGGAGGAGGAGGGGAGAAAAAUAGAAAGAUUGAGAGAAGCUGCUGGGAGUUAAGGGCAGAGCGUUGUUUAUCCUCCACUCUGGGGGAGCAAGAAAGAGUGAUAGAGGUGAGGAGGGAGAAGAACAGCCAGAAUAAAGCUGGAUGAGGAUCACUGCGAAUGGACACAGACCCAAAGGACUCUCCUCCUUUUGAUAUGUGUUUGUGUGCGUGCACACACACGCCGACAGGCACACACACACACACACACACACACUGCAACAUUGAGCCAUGUGCGUUUUCAGUUUAGGGGAGGAAGCACAUUUUGCUUCCACUUGGGCAGCCCUCCCCCAGCUGUGUUCAUCCUCCAGUAACCGAUACAGACCUCUCCUUUCUCUGCUUCAGCUCUCUCCCUCGCUGUGUAGGGGAGGGGCCUUUGAUGUCCAGUUCUGAGGGACUCAGGGAGUUAUAUGAGGGUUGGGGGGGGGCAGAGGCUGUGGGUCAGGCCGACCCCAGUCAGAUAAUAACAACGUACCAACGGCUCAACUACUGCCUGAUAUGAGAAAUGGCUAACAGCUGAGACGCUUAACAAGCUCUGUUGAGGCUUCCCUUAGACAAUGCUGGCUGGAAAUCGCUAUCACACUUAAUCCCUUUUCUCUGGCUGUCACUUUGUGUCACAUUUUCUUUAUCCUGAGAGAAAGCACUGAUCGGAUAUAUUUUGUUGAAUACUGCUACACACUGGUCGAGACAGAUGUUCAUUGCGCAAACAAAUACAGUAUGAUGUAAAUGUGUAAAAUACUCUGUUGCUGUUCUGAUGUUGUUCCAAUGUAACAUACAGUAUACAGUAUAUUUGUUGAAAAAAAAGAUGGUUAUCACAGACACAUUGUACUUUGUGGAUGCAAAAUGUUUCAUGCUUUCCAUGCCGAUACAGAUGCUGUUUGUUAAUUGUCUUCAGAUAUAAAUAUGGGCCAAUACUGCUGUGACAGCUGUAGCCAAUGUUAUAUGUUCUUAAAGCACAGGGUUUAGUUUAAAAAUAAUAAAUAUAAUAAAAUAUAGUGUGACAGUGCAGAUAUGCAAAAGAUUGUAAUGUUUUAUAUUAACCUUCAUAAAAUAUUAAAGUGAGUUUUUACUUUUCUAAUAAAGUGGCACAUUAUAACAUG